AGAGUUCAAGUGAUGAUGACAGUGUGGUUCAUGUAAGGUUGCCAUCUCAAGAUAGUCCACUAUCUGACACUGUGGUGUGGGAUGGUCCAGAUGAAGCAAGCACUCCAAGACUGGAGAAAAUUUUGAAUGGGCCUUUUGGACACACAGAACAAGGGUCUGAUCAGGAUGGCGCAAACACCAACGUCCAGGAGCAUCCCAUGUCCUCAGAGGGCCAGAACCACUUCUAUCGCAACUACACAAAUGUGUACGCACCAAUAAUUGUUGACAGCGACUCUGAGCCGGAUGAAUAUGUGAUGCAGUUCCCUGAGCAAAGUACAGACAACGUGACUGCUGCAGACAUCAUUUCAGAGCUCUCGGCAAUGAUCACGUCAUCAUCUCUCAGCCGCUUUAACAUAAACAGAGCCAGUGUAUGGGAUGGAGCACUGAGAGGUUUCAAGCGGGCUUCUUUCAACCCUUUCAAUGACAUAUUUGUAAAAUUCACCGAUGACGAGGGACAGGCAGAAGACGGCGUUGAUAACGGUGGUCCCAAGCGCGAGUUUCUAAGCCUUUUAAUGAACUGCUUAAGGACUCGAAGAGUCUUUGAUGGGCCAGAAGAAAGGAAAUUUAUCACUUUUGACAGUGAAGGUCCAGGUCCUCAAUUCUUAUCUGAGAAGCUCUACCAGCACCUCACAGGAACAUCAACAAAUACAGAAGGAAAGAUAGAAGACAUCACUGACAACACCAUGAGGGCUUCUUUGAUUGAGAUAUCCAGUGCAGGUACAUUGACUGAACUACACCAGUCAGUUGAAAGACAUGCAAGCAUCUUGCAAACUGCUGGCUGCUUGCAGUUCCCUGUGACUGUUGAUGACAAAUUGAAAAUUGUAAAGGAGUUCAUUGAUUGGUACAUCAUUUACCGCAACCAUUUCUCUAUUCAAAGAUUCAAGGAUGGCCUUUCAACACUGAACUUCCAGAAUGCUUUGGAGCAGCAUGCUUCCGUCUUCAGGCCAUUUAUGUGUGCAAGAGUGGAACAGCUGACAUCCAAAAUAUUGGAGGAAAUAUUUGAGGUUCAGCUCAGUGAAAAGGGUAGCAGCAGACGACAUGAGGAAACAAGAGUGCUAGGAUUCUGGAGAGACUUUCUCCUUGACACAGAAGAACAAAAAACGGGUCUCUCUCUCCAGGACAUCCUGAUGUUUGCCACCGGCUUGAACACACUACCUCCAUCUUCAAUUCUGCCACCACCAAAACUGAUCUUUCAGGCCACUUCUCGUUUUCCUGUCAGUAGCACCUGCUCCAACACUAUCAAAAUACCAAUGUCCAAGACGUAUCAUCAGUUUAAAGAAGACAUGGACUUUGGGAUUCAAAACUCCCCUGGGUUUGGGCUUUAUUAAGGUCAAAUGCAUAACAACAAAACAAAAUGCUAACUAUUUAACUUGUCAAACCUGUUCAGUUAUGACACUGUUUAGUGUUUGUGUGCGACCUUCAAAUUUGGAUUCUUGUUUGUUUAUAAGUCCGCCAUGUUUUUCAGUUUGAUAUAGUUUUCGACACAUGAUUCCCAACUCUGUGGGUGUGCUAGGCCACACUGUCUCUGGAGGUUCUCAAAAUGUGCCUGAAGGUGUUCAUCUCCACAUUGAAUGUUGUUAGUCUCUGUCACAAACUGUCCCAAUUGCUCCUGGGAGACUGGGAAACCACAAUCUGUUCCA